CUGAAACAAAAGGCUCACUAAUCACUAUAUGCUAUCCUACUUUGCCAUGAUUAAGUCCAAUAAUCUUCCCGAAGGACUUCUGCCAGCAGCCGACGCCCCGCAGAUGCCGCUGCGGUACUCAGUGGAAGCGGAUCAUUUUGAUAUCUCUAGCCAAGACGAGUUCACGAACGCACACGUUUUUUUUUUCGGCUUUCGGUGCUUUCGGUCGGUCGCUUUCGGCUGAUCUCGACGUCAUCACUUCUGUUUUUGCUCUUUUGGUGCUGCUUCGAAGAAACGUUUGAAUGGCCUCUUCUCCUACGGUGUAUGUUAUGCGGUUUUGUGUGGAAAUGGUGUUGUAUAGCCUACGUUGUAAGUACGGCAGUCGUGUGGUGGAAGUUAGUAAUCCGUAACACCUAACGUGGACAUCUGUUGACUGAAUAAUGUGAAUAGGUUCUGAGAGGCAAAAGAAAAUGGAAGAAGCAGAAUUUCUAGUGGAAGGCAUGACUUGCCAGUCCUGCGUCAGUACCAUAGAGGGGAACCUCUCCAAGCUGGAAGGAGUGAGAUCUGCCAAAGUGGACCUUUCCACGAAACGAGCACUCGUCACGUUUGAAUCGAGCCGCGUCACCUCAAACACCAUACGAGACAGUAUCUCGGACAUGGGGUUUGACGCGCAAUUUUUGAAGUCGAGUAAAUCGCCAAGCAACGCACAUCCAAGCAGCACAGUGAUGGCGUUCUACUCCAGGAACGGCACCCAGGAGGCAUCAACACUUUUGAAUGAUGUCCUCAGGGACGACAGUGCCGCCGUUGUGACGUUUCGUGAUCCUAAUCUGCUCGCCAUUCGAUUUGAGGGCCAUGUCAAGGAAACCGUGGUAAUGUCCGCCGAACAACUGAGACUCGAACGACGGUUCGGCGACCGAAACGUGUCAUUGGCGGUGCUGUGCGUGAAGGGUAUGACUUGCAUGUCGUGUGUGCGUAACAUCGAAGGCAACAUCGGAGAGCUCUCGUCGGUGUUCGCGAUCAGGGUUUCCCUGGAAGAAGGAAGUGCAGUGGUGCUCUUUGACGCGUCGAGGCACACGGCAGACGGUAUAGCUGAAGCGAUUGACGAUAUGGGGUUCGAGUGUGGUGUGUUGACUGUGUAUGGAAGCAACACGAGCCCUUCGGGAGAUUCAUUUCGUGCUGAUGAACAGCGCCCUGAUAUCAUGAGCCAAGAUAGAAGAGGGGAUGAUAACAACGAGAAACAAGCGGCGUUGGGAGACUUUGGUGACGCUGAAAAGUGUUUCCUGAGAGUGACUGGCAUGACCUGUGCCUCUUGCGUGGCAUGCAUUGAGAAGAACCUCAUCAAGGUCAAAGGUGUGAAAUUUGCUUUAGUCGCAUUGCUAGCACAAAAGGCUGAAGUACAGUAUGAUCCCAUGCUUGUGCAGCCAGCAAAGCUGGUUGAUCUCAUCAACAGCCUCGGGUUUUCUGCUUCUGUGCUAGAUGACUUCAAGGUCAUUCAUGGGGAGACUGAACUAGUGAUACAUGGCAUGACGUCUGCUGAUUCUGUGCACACAAUCGAAACCAAUGUAUCUGGGAUCCCUGGUGUCGUGUCUGCUUCCGUAGGCCUUGCGACACAAAAAGGGCACUUCAGGUUUGACCCUGACAGAACUGGGCCCAGGCAAAUUGUACAGAAGAUUAAGGACUUGGGAUUUCGUGUAACACCUUUCACUGACCACAGAAUGGAUGCGAGCUACCUCUGCCAGAAAGAAGAAGUGAAAAAGUGGAGAAACUCCUUCUUGUUCUCUCUGGUCUUUGGUGUGCCUUCCAUGAUACUGAUGAUGUACUACAUGGCUCAGCGCAUGAUUCUGAAAAAGCACACCCUGUGUUGCAUGCUUCCAGGGUUGUCAGCUGAAAAUUUCUUCCUGUUUUUACUUGCCACUCCUGUACAGUUCAUUGGAGGCCGCUAUUUCUACAUACAAGCAUGGAAGGCACUGAAGCACAAAGUGACGAACAUGGACGUACUCAUCAUGUUGGCAACAAACGUGUCCUAUUUCUACAGCGUCAUCGUCGUUGCUUAUUUUAUCCUCAUCGGGGCUGAUCAUAGCCCGAAAACUUUCUUUGAAACUCCACCGAUGCUGCUGCUGUUCAUUUCUCUUGGCAGGUGGUUGGAACACAUUGCCAAAGGCAAGACAUCGGAGGCAUUGGCUAAACUGAUUUCAUUACAAGCUACAGAGGCAACGCUUGUCCAAGUCGAUACAAAGUUGAAUAUUACUGCCGAGGAGCGUAUUGAUGUGCAGCUUGUGCAAAGAGGCGAUAUACUCAAGGUCGUUCCAGGAGAAAAGAUUCCGGUUGAUGGGCGCGUCUGCUUUGGCGCUUCAAUGGUGGACGAGGCGCUGAUAACUGGUGAAUCGCUGCCCGUGGCCAAAAGGAUUGGCUCACAGGUGAUCGGUGGCUCCAUCAACACCAAUGGAGCAUUAUUAAUUGUUGCGACCCACGUCGGUAAGGACACAACACUGGCUCAAAUUGUGCGCCUCGUUGAAGAAGCCCAGACAUCCAAGGCCCCAAUUCAGCAGUUAGCUGACAAGCUGGCUGGCUUUUUUGUUCCUGCCAUUGUGCUAAUUUCACUGAUCACCCUGUUUGUAUGGGUUACAAUAGGCUAUCAUGAUGUGAAUCUCAUUACACGCUUCUUUGCAAAACAGGACUACCACACGUCUGACACCGAGCUGAUCUGCCAGUUUGCAUUCCGAUGUGCCCUGACGGUGUUGUCGAUUGCUUGCCCGUGUUCUCUGGGUCUGGCCACUCCCACAGCUGUCAUGGUAGGAACGGGAGUGGGAGCCACAAAUGGCAUCCUCAUCAAAGGUGGAGAACCCCUCGAAUUGCUACACAAGGUCAAGUGCAUCGUGUUUGACAAGACGGGCACAUUGACAAAAGGCAUGCCCAUGGUUACCCGAAUAGCUCUGUUUGUAGACAACCACGUCUGCUCGCUUUCCCGCCUCCUUGCGUUUGUGGGUACAGCUGAGGCCAACAGUGAGCAUCCCAUUGGUCUGGCCAUCACGACAUUCGUCAAGGAUGUGCUCGGAGAAGACAGCCUGGGCAGAUGCGAGGACUUUGGAGCCGUAGCCGGCUGCGGGUUGCGCUGCCGCGUGUCAGGCGUCGACGAAAAGCUGCCGAAAUUGCGAGACACCGAGUACCUUGUUGCAUCCAAAGGGCGUGCCUCGAGGGAGGACAACGCGGGCGUAAUUAUUGAUAGGCUGUCUGUAGCCGGGGGUGAUGCCACUCUGUCCUCGGUACAGUACAACCCACUGCAGAGUUCAGAUGGCUCAGGUGACCAGGCCAAGCGUUCAGACAGCAUUGUGCUAAUUGGGAACCGUGAAUGGAUGAACCGUAAUGGAAUUGAAGUAUAUGGUGCCAUUGAUGCUGUCAUGGAGGAGCAUGAGGAGAAAGGUCAGACAGCUGUUUUGUGUGCCAUUGAUGGGGUCCUUGUUGCCAUGAUGUCAGUCGCUGACCAGAUUCGACCCGAAGCCCGACUCACGGUGCACGCUCUCAAGAACAUGGGACUGGAAGUGAUUCUCCUUACAGGUGACAAUAGAAAGACUGCAGCAGCAGUCGCCAAGGAAAUUGACAUACACAAAGUGUACGCUGAGGUUCUACCUUCCCACAAGGUGGCAAAAAUUCAGCAGCUCCAAGCACGGGGACAACGGGUGGCCAUGGUCGGGGACGGCGUCAAUGAUUCACCGGCUCUUGCCCAAGCAGAUAUCGGUAUUGCCAUCGCUAACGGCACUGACGUCGCCGUGGAAGCGGCGGAUGUUGUGCUUGUGCGGAGUGACCUCUUGGAUGUUGUUGGGGCCAUCACCCUUUCCAAGGCUACAGUUCAGAGGAUUCGUUGCAAUUUCUUUUUUGCGACAGUUUACAAUUUAGUGGGAAUUCCACUGGCAGCAGGCGUCCUCAUGCCAGUUGGCAUAGUCCUGAAGCCCUGGAUGGGGUCAGCUGCUAUGGCGAUGUCUUCCAUUUCCGUUGUUUGUUCCUCUCUACUGCUGAAGACGUUCCGCAAGCCAACACGGUCCUCCUUGGAAUCACGUUUGGGGACACGAGAUUCACUCCAGCGUGAUCGCGAUGGUGUUUCUAUUCACUGCGGCCUGGACGAUGGACCUCCCAGAAACCCGGCAACUAAGUCGUCCCUACUUGGCUCCACGUUCAGCAUUCUCUUCAGCAAUUUAACCAACAAAGGGGACAAGUCUAAGCGGGAACCAUUGCUUACACGUGAUGGGGAACUGCAUGAGCUCUCUCCACUUACAGCAUAAUAAUUGGACAGGGAAUAUUGUGUUAUUGCACACUAGGUAACAUCUAUGUGUGUCCUAUAUACAUAUGUACUAUGUGAAGAUGACUCACUGCCAGUGCAGCAGAUGUCUGAACAUUUAAAGUCGCUUCAUAUCAAGGCCAGGAGAUGAAACAAGUUCGAGAAAGGCCGUGACAUCUUAUCAGCAUUAGGCUUUACAUUGUUAUUCCAUUUUUGUUGUUGCUGCUGCUGCUUUAAAAUAGUGUUUUGCAAAUUUCUCGUAAGUAAGAGAUUGCAAUUCCUACUUACAUAACGUGGUUUGUGUGUUGGGCUUCAGUAAGUCCGACUGCCAAAGGAAAGAGCGCACAGCAGUCAAUUUCCUUGAAGUGAAUGUAAUGGUAAUGUACUUGUCAGCAUCCCAGUGGCUGACAAAUUGUCAGUGUUUCGUAUGGGAGCUGCAACAUACAAUAUAUAUGCAUCGUUGUUGAUGUGCCAAUGUUAUACAUGUUGUUCGAUAUAUACCUUUGCUGUUAAUAUAUUUACUAUGGCAAAUGCUUCCACAAGCUGCAUGCAACCAAUUUUGGAGGUAAAUCGACGUACAAGUGAAUACACUGUUUUUUUUUUAUUCUUAUUAUUUUUUUAUUCUUAUUAUUUUUUUAUUAUCCAUGAGAAACAGUGUGGCAAAGGACCAAUGUGCGGGUACAUGUCUUAUGCAGUAAUACAGCUACGACUUUUAUGCUUUCCUUUGGUGCCAAAUGACAUAUCAUGAUGGUAUUAAGCGGGCUAAAGUACUUGACAAUAUGUGGUCACAUGCUGCAUACUUGCAUAGCAGCACAGAUAUGGGGGGAAUUGGUGUAUAUAGUCUCAUAUAUUGGUGUCUCAUAUAUUCACUCUGCGUUACUGGGAAUGAACUUUUUAUUCAGGCAACUGGAAUUUGCUCUCCACAUCCGGACAUGAAGUACUGGAAUUUUCUGUAGCCAACGUUAUUCUGACUCUCUCUUGUGGCAACGUGUCAGUGGCCUCUGUGUUUGACGUUUGCUGGGGCUUGCAUUGUCCUGGUGGACCGUUAUCCCUUGCAGAAGCCUUUCAUCUUUUUGGCUUCCUUUAACCCCUAUUUGCUUACUGGCCAGGUCAGUCACUACAGACUUGUACUGACCAACAAGCAGGGAUGCCCCUCAGGAAGCAGAAGAGAGGUGUCCGAGACCCACGGGACGUAAAACAAAAGUAGCAAAAAAUAGAAGGUGGGAACCGAGGUGUCCUGAUAAGAGAGACCUGACCGCGGUAAACUCCUGGCGCAGGAAAGUUAUUCUCGUCUUCGCCAACUACUAGUUUCAUGCAAUGAGCAUUUUGUAUUAUAUUUGAUACUACUACUAUGGUGCAGCCUUCCUUGUUUCGGUGCAACUAGUUAGUAUAUAUUUAUAUACUAAUUUUUAGUAGACAAUAUUAUGUCUUUGGAAUUUAUUUAUUCACUUUUUGCAUGAUUUUGUGUUAAAACUGAUGAAGUAGUGGUAUGCAUCUGUAGGCCUGAUUUAAAGAGUAAAUAUUCUGCUAUUUUUGUAUACCUCGAGGCAUUAAGUUCUCUUGUGAUGCAUUUAUUAUACUGAUGGGUGUCGUGUGAGUGUGGAAAUGCUUUAAUGUUAGUGUGUGUCGGGGGGUGGUGUGUGUUAAGGGGAUUUUGUAUACUUUUUGUUUAAUUUACAAGGUGAGAACAGGAGGUGCUUUGAAAAAAUAUGUGAGUGGGACCAAAGACUUUUGUAACGUGGUGGGGUAUGUGUGCCCUACAUGUGAUACGCCUCAAUAAAACAGGGCUAACCAUU